UUAUAUUCGCUUCGUUGGGACGUUUUCCAUUUUUGUUUCCCAAUUGGUUUUCGGCUGUGGCCCUUAGUGGAUAAUACCAGUCAAAAGGAAGAAUUGCUGCGAGUGCUUCUGGCCACAUCUGCUGGUGGACAUAAGCCCAUAACACUACUGGAACAGUGUACCAAUUUAUUGCAGCAGGAGUCAUAUAAAAUGUAAUAAUACAUUUAAAGUAAAUAAUGUACAACAAUAAAUCAUUGUGCCGCCUGUGCGUGUCCUCGCAAUCAGAAUAUAAAAGCCUGUAUGACGACAAUGGCCAAGGAAAUGAAGUUUACGAAAUUACUCUGAAAUAUUUUGAUCCUAUAUUACUAAGUCCUGCAAAUGAACAGGAUUCAAAAGUUAUAUGCUUGGAAUGCUGGCAUCAUAUCAGUGAAUUUUAUGGUUUUCAACAAUCGGUGCUUCAGGCUCAAGCCGUACUGCAGGCCCAGUUGGAGAACGAUGUUAAACAGCUAGUUCCUGAAGUUAAGUUGGAAGAGGAGGUAUUGCAGGAGCCACUACAAAUCAGAGAGAUAGCUACAGCGGAAAUUCCAAUUUGUAAUGAUAGCCUUAAGGAUGAAAAUAUCACCUCAGAUAAACAUGACUUUGGCAGCGACUUUGAAGAUGACUUUAGGGAUGACAACCCCUUCUCCACUGAUGACGAUGAAAAGCCUCUUAUCGAACACAUAAAUAGAUUGAAAAAUAAAAAUAAGACGAAUAAACAACAAAAUAAUGACAAAUCAUUAGAGACGCCGAUGGCUGUUAGGAAGCCAAGAAAACCUAGAAGCCCAAACAAGAACAAAAAACAAAAGGAGACAGAACAUACAACCAAUAGAAGACGGAAAGGAAGGCCUAAGAAAUUACAAAUUGAGCAUGUGGAAGAUCAAAUCAACGACCCCAAUGCUUCCGCUAAUGAAAUGGAAGAUGAUGACGGUUCUAAUAGUGAGAAGAAAUCCGUAAAGGAGAAAACAAAAGAAUGUGAUGAAUUUAUUGCACAAUGGAAACAAGAAUUGGAAUGUGUAUGUUGUCCAGCAACGGUUGCAAAUUUUACACUACUUCGCAAACACUUUCGACUAAUGCACCCAACAGAAAAAUGCUACGUUAUAUGCUGUCAGAGGAAAUUUUACCAUCGAUUUCACAUUGUCGAACAUAUACGACUACAUAUUAAUCCUAAUGCCUUCAGAUGUGAUGAAUGUGGAAGAUGCAGCACCAAUAGCCGUAACUUGGCCAAACAUAAAAAAGAAAUGCACACAGAAGAGGGUAAACAACGUCCGUUUGAAUGUGAUGUUUGUCAUAAGAAGUUUGCCAAUAAAACCAUUUUACGAACCCACAUGGAGGUACACGAAGCCGGUCGCGAUUAUGUAUGCAGCGAAUGUGGCAAAGGGUUUCCAUCGGAAAAUCGGCGCAAAAUUCACGAGCGAAUGGUACAUCAAGCCGAUCGGGUAUGUGAUCAAUGCGGCAAGACCAUACAUGGUAUUUAUGCUCUUAAACUGCAUUUGAUGGAACAUGCCGGUUACAAAAAACCAAAGUGGCCUUGUGAUGAGUGCAACGCCCAACUGAAUUCACAUUCGAGUUUAAAACGACAUAAGCUAAUAGCCCAUCACGACGGUAGCACCGUCUACAUAUGCAGUGAAUGUGGCAAAGUGUUUACAUCAGAGAACGCAUUGCGAAGUCACAAGAGAAUUGUUCACUUAAUAGAACGAAAGUUCAAAUGCAAUAUAUGUGAAAAAGCCUUUAAGUUUCCGAAAAUAUUACGUGAACAUAUGGCCUCACACACCGGCGAAGAUCUCUAUCAGUGUCCGCACUGUCCAAAAACGUUCAAGGUUAGCGCAAAUAUGCAUCAUCAUCGAAAAAAAGUCCAUCCAAAGGAAUGGGCUGAAGCUAGGAUUAAUAAACCGGUAACGAAAAAAGUAGAUAUAGCUUUGGUAUCCAAUGAAAUUAUUAUAUGGAUGCUUUGGAAUUUUGAUAACUUCCAUUGCUUGAAUGAACUAGUCGAACUAAACGAAACAACUGGAUCAUCCUCCUUAUGGUUCACUUCAAUGAACAUUUUUAUUGAACAUUCGCAUUGGAAUCGGAAAAACUCUAAAUUCUCCUGUUUAAUAAACAAAUGUGGAAAAGUUAGAAAAGUAAAUAUGGAUAAAUCAACUCUAUGCCGAUUAUGUGUGGAAAUUUGCGCCGAUUGCAAAAACCUUUACGACGAGGAUGGCAGCAGUACACAAGUGUACGAAACAACUGUAAAAUAUUUCGAUCCCAUGUUAUUAAGUUUGGAAUUGGACAAAUCUCUCACAGUGAUUUGUUUGCCAUGUUGGAGGCAUAUCAGCGAUUUUCAUGAAUUUCAGCAGACCGUGUACAAUGCCCAAACGAAGUUGGCAUUUGAUAUGAAGCAAGCCGACAUCAAGACUGAAGACGACUCGCUUAACGAACAAAUUCCGCUGGACAUUGUUAAGGAGGAUCCAGUGGAAAGUAUGCUGAUCGAUCAAUCACUCAACGUUACCACAGAAGAUGAUAAAUAUGAGAUAUCUCUGCCCGAAGAAUUUUAUGACGAACCUCAUAAUUCCGUUGAAUUUACUUCAGACGACGAAAGACCAUUGCUAGAAUGUCUAAAGAAAACCAGAAAGAAACGUACCAAAACAAAAAGUCCGAAUAAAAAAGAAGACAACGGCAAAACUCCUAAGAAACGUGGAAGGAAGCCGAAAUGUGCUGAUGUCAACAAGUCCAGUGAAAUUGAUGUAAACAGUUCCAAGAAUCAAUGUGAUUCUUUUCCGUAUGGAGACAAUUCUCAAGAUGGGCAUUUAUCAUCAUCAAUUGGUGGCGACACCGAUGACAAUUCUGUCGGAAAACCACCAGCGAAAAACGUUGGCAGACAACGUAGAACCCAGGAAAUAGAUGAAUUUAUAGCUCAAUGGAAACAAGAUUUGGAAUGUGUCGUUUGUGGUCAACUUUAUCCGAAUCUUACGUCGCUGCGGAAACAUUUUCGAGAAUUCCAUCCCAAACAGAAAUGCUAUAUUACCUGCUGCCAACGCAAACUACGUCAUCGUUUUCAUAUCGAAGAGCAUAUUCGCAUUCAUUUAAAUCCCGAUGCCUUCAAGUGUGAUGUUUGCGGCAAAUGCUGUACAACGAGCCGGAGUCUAAAUAGUCACAAGCUUGAAAAACAUACCGCUGAAGGCCAAGAACGAACAUUCGAAUGUCCUAUAUGUCAGAAACGAUUUGCCAAGAAAACCGUUUUAAAAUGCCACAUUGAAACGCACAAAACUGGAACGGAUUAUGUGUGCAGUGAGUGUGGCAAAGGAUUUGCAACGGAACAGCGCCGCAAAGUUCAUGAACGAACCGUUCAUAAUGUUGAUCGAGUUUGUGAUCAAUGUGGCAAGACCAUCCACGGUAUAUAUGCCCUGAAACAACAUCUACUAGAACAUCAGGGCAUUAAAAAGCCAAAAUGGCCCUGUGAUAUAUGUAAUGCCCAAUUGUAUUCACAUUCCAGUCUUAAGCGUCACAAACAAGUGGCGCACAAUGACGGCAGCACAGUAUACGUCUGCGGUGAAUGCGGAAAAAUUGCUGCAACCGAAACGGCACUGCGUAGUCACAAGAAGUAUGUCCAUCAAGCUGAACGCAAACACAAAUGUACAAUAUGCGAUAAAGCCUUUAAAGUGGCUGUUGUUUUGCGCGAACAUAUGGCUACGCAUACCGGCGAAGAUCUGUAUACAUGUCCGCACUGUCCCAAGACGUUUAAAGUCAGUUCCAACAUGCAUCAUCAUCGGAAAAAGGCACAUCCCAAAGAGUGGGCGGAAGGCAGAUUGAAUCGGCCCACAAUAGCAAAGGUUGAUAUCAAUCAAGUAUCAAACGAAGUGGUAUUGUAAAUAGAAUUAAUAAAUAUCAAAAUAUUUACUAAGUAA